CUUACAGGACGAAUCCCAGCCCAGCACCGCCUCACCCUCACACACAAGGCAGAGAGCCAGCGCAAGGCAUUGAUUCCCAAGUGAUUGCAAAUCUCCACUGCUUUAUCGUCCAAAUACCCUCAGCUGGGCUGGCUUACCUGACAACUCGUGUGUCCAACCACCCCCGGUGACGACGACGGCGACGACGACGACAACCACAACAACCGCUGAGUUGUCACUACUACUGCUGCUGCCACUGCCGCUACUAUUCCUGGCUACGGAAUCCAGCCCAGCAACACACAGAGACGUCGACCGCGCAUUAUGAGGUCCUUGGCCGCCCGUGCUUAGUUGUUUUCCACUAUGCUGGGUUUACGGAGCAACGGUGACAGCAUCAGCAGCGGCGGUCAUAGCAGCGGCCAUGCCUCGUGUUCACUUGUAAAUCGCAGCAGCAGAAUCACCAUCAUCAUCGCCAUCAAUCAUGAACGCUUCUAAGAUCCCGGGGGAGGCCAGCAACGGCCGCGACGUCUUCCAUCUCCCGCCUUCGGACCCUAAGCUCAUCUCCAAAAUACCGAAUAUUCUCCCCCAUGAACGCGUCUUCCCCAUCCAGAUAGGAUCUGAACUGUUUAAGCUCUCCGGCGCCUCCAUCUCCUCGGACGCUCCCUCUUACUUCUCCCAGUACUUUCACUGCCAGAUCAAAAAGGCCGAAGAAACUGGUGAGGACCUGUCGACAGCAAUACGGACCCUCUAUAUAGAUCGGGAUCCCAUCACCUUCAAGGACAUCUCUCUCCACCUGCAGGGGUAUCAUGUCUCUCCCCGCGACGGGACGCACUUUGUGCGCCUCUUCGCCGACGCCCAGUUCUACACCCUGCCCAAGCUGAUGUCGCAGCUCUACGAAGAGUCCAUCUUCAUUUCCAUUGGCCACCACGAGUUCCAGAUCCCCCGGGAUGUCUUCUCCGGGCCCGGCAACUCGCCCAACUUCUUCUCCUUAGGCUUCGGCGUCUUCUUCUCGUCGCGUGAUGAGAUCUUCCCGGGGCUCCGGCGCGAGGGUCUCAUCCGACCGCCCUCCAUCAUGCCACCUUCGGUGCCGAACCGGUCCGCCCAGAUUUUCCAAGAGAUCUUGCACCUGUUGCGCGGGUAUCCGGUGCACAUCCGCGACGAGGAGCACCGCGCCGCCCUGCUCCGCGACUGUCGCUAUUUCAACUUCAAGGGCAUCGAGCAGAAGCUCAUCCCGCACCACAUAAGCUACAACCUCUGCCGGCGGCGGUACGAGAUCACGCUUAGGCUCGAGGACAUUCUAAAGUCCGGCAUCUCAAUCGUAAGCGACCCCAUGACGCCGAGCAGCAACGGCGAUCCCGUUUCGGGGUGGGUCAACUACAUGCGACCGUUCGAGGACGACAAGCAGCAUGAGCUCGUGCUCGAGGUCGGGGGCGAGAAUACGAAGCUGCAUCUCAGCAUAAUGCGGGCCGAGUUUUUCGGCCAGAUCAAGGUCCGCAUCGCGAGGCUCUUCGAGGUGAUCGCCACGAAACUAAACCUGCCGCCCACGACGCAGCCCUUAGGACUCCUGAUGGCAUCGGGCGGGGCCGGGAGCCAGCCGGCGACGCCGGGCAACACGCCGCUGAGCGAAGACCUCGUCCGCGUCGUCAUCGAGCCCGAGACCCACAUCAUACUCGACGGCAAGGUGCUCAACAACAACGCCGAGGUCGAGGAGAUCCCGGUCGCCGUGUCAGUGUCGCCAUCAAUCGGCCACGGCGGCGGGCAAGACUCGCCGCUCUCCAGCAUAGGCGGAUUCUACGGGCCAUCGCGGAAGAGGCGGCGGAUCGACCUGUCGAGCCACACAGCAGAGGAGUGGAUAAUCCGGACGGGCCAGUGGCGGCUCCGGAUACAGGGCUCGAAGAACGGCAAGAGCGCCGUCGAGUGCGUGCUCGUGGCGGUCAAGCUUGAGGCGUUCAGCAACGAGCAUGCGAGGAACUCCCAACGAGGGUUCCUAAAGGGCUGAGGGCGGGGGAGAGAAGCGCACGAAGGACGGCGGGCCAUGUGCCGAACCACUGCUCUUGUACUCGCAUCAUUUCAGGAUUGUCCUCACGUCUGUACCUGUAUGUGCAUGGUGUAUGAAAGAUGAAAGAUCAUAUCCAAUGUUCAUAUCCGCGAGUUAUCUCGAUGCAACGUAUGAAGAGAUGCGAGGGAAGAAAGGCAAUGCUCGCCCCAUACAAACCCCCCUCUUCCCCUCCCCUGCUGCUAGGUGAGGCAUCUAGGAACUAUGUGAUGCCUCCGAGUCUAGUUUACCUGGUCUGGUCUGGUCUUCCUCCAACCGAGGAGCCCUCCCUCCGCUCUUAUCGCCCGCAACGCAUCCAGGGCCUAGGGUUUCAUUUAAAGGUAUACCUAUCGAGUGAAUUCGUAUUUAUGUAUCUGUAAUUAAGGCUACAUUU